AUGCAGCGCGAGAACAUGUACAACACCUUCAAGGCGUGGACCGACCAGGAUGUGUUUGAUGCAGGAGUGAUGAUCAUCAGUGACAAGACCAAGAUGAUGCUUGGUUCAUCUGAUGGUCGUUGCUGGUGCCGUCGCCGCCGCGGGGAGGGUGCCAUGGACAUACACCAGGUUCAGGUUGAAGAACGCCAUGGCAAAUUCAACUUCAAGAUCAACGUGUGGGGUGCGAUUGGACCACGUGGUGUCAGUGAGCUUGUGCUCAUUGAGGGCAAUCUUACUGCUGUCCAGUACAUGACAAUCCUUGAGCAUGCGCUCAUCCCCCUCUACAAUGACUACAAGUCCUGCCCACACUCUUUCCUCUACUUCCAGCAGGAUAAUGACCUGAAACACACGUCGAAGCUGGCAAAGCAGUGGCUCAAGGACAACAACAUCAAUGUCUUCCCAUGGCCCGCCAAAUCUCCUGACAUGUCGACCAUCGAGAACGGCUGGGCCGAGCUGAAGCAUCGGGUCCGAUCCCACCCACGUUACAAUGAAAUUCGGACACCAGCAGAGCUUUUUGAGGUUGCAAAGCAGGUGUGGAACUCGGAGACUUUCUGCCAGUAUGUCAUUCACUUGUACAAGUCUUUUCCUUGCCGGCUCGAGCAACUGAAAGAAAACAACUUCUAUUGGAUCAACUACUAA